AUCCGCGUGCCCGCCUGACCUUCCUCCCGUGAGCCUCGGCGGCGCGCUCCUUCCCGGCUUCCCCCGCGGCGGCGGCUAGCAGCAGCGGCAAGAUGGCGCAGCCGCCGGUUCCCCUCAAGGACACCAAGCUGAUGGACGUGAAGCUGGGCCAGCUGACCUCCUGGCUGGCGAUGAGGGACUUCACCCCCGGCGGCAUCGCGGGGGCCGUGCGCAGAGGUUAUGACAGGUAUUACAAUAAAUACAUCAAUGUGAGGAAAGGGGGCCUCGGUGGUAUCACUAUGGUGCUUGCUGGUUAUGUUAUCGUCAGCUACAUCUGGAGCUAUGACCACUUGAAGCAUGACCGUCACAGGAAGUAUCACCCGGCCGCCAUGAGGCUGCUGCGGCUGGUGGCCCGCGGGCUGCUCUGGGCCCCCCGCGCCGCGCCGCGGGCAGCGCCCGGCCUGCUGCGGCCCCCGGGCCCGGGGCGGCCGCUGCCGCGGGGCCUGAGGCCGCUCGGCUCCUCUGCGGCGCUGCGCGGGGGGGACCCGGCGCAGCUCGGUGCCGGCGGCUCCGCUGACGCCGUCCACGAUGCGGACGAUGAGGACGCGGACGUGGAUUUUGGGACGCUGUCUAGUAAAUUUUCUUCCAGGAAGUAUUAUCACAAAACCACGCCACGCUUCCAGGAUUUAAGGCUUCAAGAAGAGGGGGAGGAGGAGGAGGAGGCAGGAAGGAAACCUCGGCGAGGGCCCAAGAACACGCCGUACUGGUACUUCUUAAAAUGCAAGGCCCUCAUUAGAGAGGACAAGCUAGCAGAGGCUCUGGAGCUGUUUGAGGUGCAGAUGCUGAAGGAAGAGCGCGUCCAGCCAGAAGAAAGCAACUACACAGUUCUAAUGGGUGGCUGUGGCAGGGUUGGCUACGUGAAAAAGGCGUUCAAGCUCUACAAUGAUAUGAAAAAACGAGGCUUAAUCCCCACUGAUGCCACUUACACGGCCCUGUUCAAUGCCUGCGCUGAAUCACCAUGGAAAGACUCAGGCCUGCAGAGUGCUCUCAAGUUACGGCAGCAACUAAAGAGCAAAAAUCAAGAGCUGAACCUGAUAACUUAUCACGCGCUGCUGAAAGUCUGUGCCCUGUGUUCAGAUCUCAGGAUGUGCUUUGAUGUACUGAAGGAAAUUGUGCACAAGGGUCACGUUGUCACAGCCGAGACCUUCAGCUUCCUUCUUAUGGGCUGCAUAAAGGACAGUGAAAACGGCUUCCGCUAUGCCUUGCAGGUUUGGAAACAAAUGACUAGACUUGGAAUAAAGGCUGAUAGCCACAUUUACAACUUGAUGCUCCGUGCUGCAAGAGACUGUGGAAUAGGUGAUCCAGUUUUGGCUUCUCAAGUACUGCUAGGACCCACUGAAGAGAAGUCACCUCAGCUAAGGCUUGCACCCGGGAGGCAGAAACAAAAGGCGAGAAGUCAGAGGAAGAAGGGAACGGAGAGUGCAGCUGCUGUCCAGCUGGACGUGGAAGCCAUGGAAAGGCAACUGUUUCAGGAGAACUCUGUGCAGCCUGAACAACCGAUCAAGCAACAAAAGAAAGAUGUGAAUUGGGCUGAAACAGAACCAAUGCUGGCUGGUCUUGCCAGUGCUAACAUCGCUCACAGUGGGACUGGAGCAUUGAUGAGGACAGACCAAGCUGAGAUAGAGCAGGAACAAGCAAGCCUAAGCCAGAAGCUGCAUUUCUGCAACCUGCCCAACUUACUGGAUUCCGAGAUGCCUGAUGCGGCCGUGGUUUCCUUGGGGACAGUAGCCACCCCAUCUGAUAGACUGGCUUUGAUUGGGGAUGUGGAGGGCUUCUUGAAUAAAAUGAAAGAGGACAAUGCAGAACCCAACAUUAAAACUUUUACGUUACUGGCUGAGCUGGUGAAACCCCAAAGUCCAUCAGAAUCCUCUCUGUUGGCAGUCCUUGAUGAGCAUAAAGUGAAAGUAGAUGUGACCUUCUUUAACACUUUAAUAAGAAAGAAAAGUAAACAGGGAGACCUUGAAGGAGCAAAGGGCCUGCUGCCAGCUCUAGCGAAGAGGGGAAUAUCGCCUAACCUCCAGACAUUUUGUAACUUGGCAAUCGCUUGCCACCGAGAGAAGGAUGGACUGCAGUUACUCUCAGAUUUGAAGAGGUCUGGAGUGACUCCCAACAAAUAUAUCUACAGCACCCUUAUCGCUGCUGCCGUGAGGCGGCUGGACUACAGCUACCUCACCGAGAUCCUGCGAGACAUGAGGAACAACCAAGUACCCCCCAAUGAAGUUAUCAUAAGCCAGCUGGAGUUCGCAGCACAGUACCCGCCUAAUUUUGACAGGUAUAAGUCAAAGAACACAUACCUGGAAAAAAUUGAUGGCUUCCGUGGCUACUACUAUCGGUGGUUAAAAGUAAUGGCAGGAGAGCAGACUCCCCACCCCUGGCAAAAAUACAGAACAGCUAAACGUUCAGAAAAUGAAAAUAAGGAAGAGGACGUGCAGGUGCAGGACCAGCAAGGACAGAAGUUGCAGUGAGCAGGAUACUGUGUAUGAUAGCUGAAGUCCUGCAUCUUCCAUGCGCUGGAAGAACUUGGACUUUCUCCUUACACAGCCUUCUAGUAAAGCAGCUUUGUAUUUCCAUGAAUCUGAGUUCUUGUCAUAACUAGUAAAUAAAGUACUUCUCCUUUGUGGUAAGGAGAAGCAGGUACA